CGGGAACGCGCCAUUAUGGAAAACGUUUCACGAUUGGUUGACCAUGCAAAUCGUGUGAAGUGGCGCCAGAUCUCGUGUUAUUGACAUACAACGAUACUACACUUCCCUUGAUGAACAGCCAACCAGUGAACACGAAAAGUGUUGUCUUCGCACCCCUAAAACUUCCUCACCGCGGCAUUUUGGCCCGCCAAAUUUCCUGGACGCACAAUGAGUCUAUUUUCAAGAUGCUGGCAUCGGAAUUUUAUCUUGUUUGCCUUUGUCUUAAUGUGUUUGGAAGAAAAUGUUGCUCUACCAGCGAGUGAAAGCGAACGAAACGAAGCAUCAACGGAAUCAACGAAAACAAAAAGGAAUGAAACAACUAACGCGACAGCUAUAAUUCCAACGACUCUUCCAGAAGACAGAAGCUUUGAGUUAAAACAGCCGAAACAAACUUCAGGUAAUUCUCGCAGAUGUUGUACAACACUCCAAAAACAGUCCGUGUUGAUUGCAUGUGCUCCACGCGGUUCAAAAUUUUCAUUCAAUGACGCGUGUGAGUGUAAUCCGUGAGAAAUACUACGACACAGAUGUGUUCAUUCAUGAGUUUUUGUAUUUUCCAUUUUUAGGUAUUCUCAACCUCGUAUGUGAAGGAAUUCGAAUUCGCAGAUACAUGUCGAAUGGUUUUUGUACAAGUAGAAGACCAUUCCGAGACAUGAUCUGCGACGGGAAAUGCCUCGCAAUGGAUGAACUUCAUCUCUUCCCGAAGUUUUCCAAAAUUAUCAGCAACCGCAAGCGAGAAUGGCGCUGUGUAGCAGAUGAAACUCGCACAAGAAAGGUGACUAUGGUGUGCAUAGACGGAACGAAGCACAAAAAACAAAUUCGAGUGACCAGGUCUUGCAAAUGCAAGCGGUAUACAGACAAGCAGAAUCAAACGAACCCUUGAGUUUUAAGCGCGCUCAUCACAAUAGAGAAAAAACUUUAAAAGUCAUCCUAACAAAGAUGAAGAACAAUCAUUCUUUUACUCUACAGCCUACGAUUGUAACAUAUACCGUUUGUACAAAGUUUAAUUGGGUUUGUAUAUUAAAUGCGGUGCGGCAAGCGACUGAAUUAGAAGAAGGCCUCAAGUUGUCCGAUCCGUUUCGAAGUUGUACAAAUGUUUUUGGUAUCACGUCCUGUAACUUACCUACAGUCGAUGAUUUAACGGUUGUGUCGAAAGGUCGAGUAAAGCGACAGUUUUGUCUCGUUGGAAGUUCGUAAAAUAGUCAAACACGUGUGAAACACAUGGUAUUCAUCGAAGCUCGCAGGAAAAGUACUGCACGCCACAAGCUAUCCAGAAUUCUACGAGCUAUAUUCGAUCUUAAAUUGUUCAUUUAGUUUGGGUUUAUUGUUUGCCAGAUGAUGGCGGAAAACAGUACAUGGUUUUGUUAAGUUAUCUUUAAUAUACUGAAGUUUCAAUCAUGGCGUU